GCGGGUCCAAGGUCUCGGCUCCCUUCGUCCUCCCAGCGCGGAGUGUGCUUUUGGGGGAGCGUGGAGGGUGGAACCAAACCCGGGCGCAGCCAAACAGGUGUCUCGGGGUCGCCGCCGGGGCUGGGGACUUGGAGCUGCUGAGGGAGGCGCGGGGCACUUCCUCCUCCCGGCGCCACUGUGAACUGCCAUUGGGGCAGCCUGCCCACCGGGCCGCUAUUUUGUUGACGAGUAGCCUCCUCUUGGUGGUGGGUUCUUCCUUUCUGCCCUCUGGUGCCCCUCACCUCCUCUUCGCGCGCUGCCCGCCGUCGGGCGGCGGCAGUGAGACUCGAGCUGCGUCUCGGUCGCGGCGGGAUCACUUAGCGGUCCUGCCCGCCGGGCGGUCCCCGCCCCGCCCCCCUGCUCCGACCUGUGGGUCCGGCUGGACUCGGGGCUCAGGUGUGGCCACCUUCUUCGAGAGCCGCCGGGCUGCCGGGCAGCGCGAGUGCCGGGCGAGCGAGCGUCUUCCCCAAGUGCCGGGGGGACUUCCUCGGGGCUUUCUUGGAUCAUCAGAAAUAAACUUUCGGGAAAUGGCCUCUAAAUCUUGGCUGAAUUUUUUAACCUUCCUUUGUGGAUCUGCAAUUGGAUUUGUUUUAUGUUCUCAGUUAUUUAGUAUUUUACUGGGAGAACAGGGUGAUACCCAGCCUAAUAUUCUUCAUAAUGAUCCUCAUGCUAGGCAUUCAGAUGAUAAUGGACAGAAUCAUCUAGAAGGACAGAUGAACUUCAAUGCAGAUUCUAGCCAACAUAAAGAUGAGAACACAGACAUCGCUGAAAACCUCUAUCAGAAGGUUAAAAUUCUUUGCUGGGUUAUGACAGGGCCUCAAAAUCUAGAGAAAAAGGCCAAACACGUCAAAGCUACAUGGGCCCAGCGUUGUAAUAAAGUAUUGUUUAUGAGUUCAGAAGAAAAUAAAGACUUCCCUGCUGUGGGACUAAAAACCAGAGAAGGCAGAGAUCAACUAUACUGGAAAACAAUUAAAGCUUUUCAGUAUGUUCAUGAUCAUUAUUUAGAAGAUGCUGAUUGGUUUAUGAAAGCAGAUGAUGAUACAUAUGUUAUACUAGAUAAUUUGAGAUGGCUUCUCUCAAAAUACAACCCUGAAGAACCCAUUUACUUUGGCAGAAGAUUUAAGCCCUAUGUAAAGCAGGGCUACAUGAGUGGAGGAGCAGGAUAUGUACUGAGCAAAGAAGCCUUGAAAAGAUUUGUUGAUGCAUUUAAAACAGACAAAUGUACACAUAGUUCCUCCAUUGAAGACUUAGCACUGGGGAGAUGCAUGGAAAUUAUAAAUGUAGAAGCGGGAGAUUCCAGAGAUACCACUGGAAAAGAAACUUUUCAUCCCUUUGUACCAGAACACCACUUAAUCAAGGGGUAUCUACCUAGAACCUUUUGGUACUGGAAUUACAACUAUUAUCCUCCUGUAGAGGGUCCUGGUUGCUGUUCUGAUCUUGCAGUUUCUUUUCACUAUGUUGAUCCUACAACUAUGUAUGAGUUAGAAUACCUCGUUUAUCAUCUUCGUCCGUAUGGUUAUUUAUAUAGAUAUCAACCUGCCUUACCUGAGAAUAUACUAAAAGAAAGAAGUCGAGCAUACAAAAAUGAAGAUCCAAAAGUAAAAUGAGAACUCUUGAAAGAAAAACAUAAAUGAAGAGGUAAACUGUCUAGCAUUGCACUGAAGAACUUCUGUAUAUCUGAUACAGAACACUGGAGUCCCAGUGAGGAAUUCUUUUGAAGUGAACAUUCCAUAUUAGAAAUCUUUCAUACAAAUGACUGUAAACUGAAGCUUUAAGUGAGCUGUGAAAUCUGUUAAAAUGUGUUUUGAUACAGUAAUAUAUAUAUAUGAAAAACUUGUGUUUUUAAAAUGGUGGCCAGGCAGAAGGACUAGAAACAAGAUUUUUGUUGUCUGUUCUCGACCACAUGUAUUAUUUUCACUGAGAAACUAGAACGUUUAAAUUUUCUAAAACUAUACUGCACAUAUUAGUAAAACACACACGAUGCUAAAGGUCUGCCUUAAAGAAAAGUUUAGAAGGAAAUAUUGUUGCUUAAUGUUAUUUAUAAACUCAAGACAUGAGUUUAUAUUUGCAGCAUGAUAUAAAUGAACCAACCCCCCCAACACACACACACACACACACACACACACACACACACACGCAGUUUUUGUCUAAUGAAAAAUUUCCUGUGAUUAUAAUUGGCAGUAUUUCUUCCAGACGAGGUAAAGUAAGAAUGGCACUUGUCCUAAAGUGCAUUAAUAAAACCACAUUUUGAAAUUAUAUGGGCCUUGACUGUAUUAUAUACUUGGUUCUAAUUAGUAGUUUAUGUUUUACUGAGUCCCUGUUGUCUCUUUUCUAAAUAUGUUUAUUCUUGAAUACAAUUUUAAUUAUUAAUAUUUAUUUACUCAAAGCAUUAAUAGCAUUCUAUAAAUAUGCAUUUUUAAAUAUUUUGUUCCCAAAUUUACCCAUUGUUAAUCAUGGGUAACUAAUAAAUAGUAAAUUUAAUGCUAUUUGAGGAUGCUUUUCUUAGAUCAGUGCCACUCUCAGGAAUUACUAAAUGACAUUUUUAAUUGAUUAUUUAAAACUCAUUCCAGCUACGUAAUUAUAGUUCCUUUCGUUAUCAUCCUGUUGAGAGAUGAAAAUUUGUUUGUGCCUUUCAUAACUUGUUUAAAGCAGAGUUUAGACAUUCAUUUUUAGGCUCUGAGGUGGCUAUUGGUUACACUGGCAAAAUAAUUUGAAUGUAAUGUUUUGACCAGAGUUAAUUAAAAACAUUAGAAAAACAGAGUGCUUAAACAAACUGAAAUAUGUCAGAUACUAAAAGACCAAAUACUUAAUUCAUGAAUAACAGCCUGAAUUUUGAUGCAGACUUAAUAUUUUGGGAUAUUUUUUUUUUAAUUUAUUUUUUUUGCCAAUGGAUAAUUCUAACAGCAGAAUACACAUUUAAUACUGUCUUCAAAAAUACAUUCAUAAAUAUUUCAUUCUAACUUUAGUGACUAAGGAAUUUCUGGAAGGAAAGAAAAGUAUAUCAUAACAGAAUAUUUUGCAGACUAUAAGAUUAUCUUAAAUGUUGCAAAUUUCACAUGGCUGUCAUGCCAUUGACUCUGCUGCUUAGCUAAAGAGUUUAUAUUUAUUGUGCCAAAACAUGUCAAAAUCAUCUCUUUGGAUGGUAUUUUGAGAGGAUGUUCAUCGUAGUAGCAAUUAGUGGUUAUUAUGGAUUACUCUGUCCACAGAGUGAAAAUUCACACCAGUUUUUACUUUAAAUUGUUUUUUGUGGUUUUCACAGCAAUAUCAUCUGCCAAAAUUUCAAGUCAUUCAUUCUGUUGUCUAAACAACUCUUCACGUUGGUAUGGAUAUGAAUUUAUUUGCAGUCCAUAUAUGUUACUUUCUAAAAACCUUAACAUUUACUCAUGGGACAUUAACAUUGUGAUGAAUCCUGGGGUCUAGUCAGACCGCCUGGGUUUAAAUUCCUGCUCUAUCACUUCCUAGUUUUGUAACAUUAAACAAUUUACUUCAUUUCUCUGUGCCUCAAUUUCCUCAUCCAUAAAUUAGGGACAGUAAUACUACCUACCUCACAGGAUUUUUAUGAGGAUUAAAUGAGUGAAUAUAUGUACAACUUUUAGAACGCUUGUCUGGCCCAGACUAUGGAGCAAUAAGUAUAAGGUUUUAUUAUUCUGUUACCUUAGAGUGUAAAUAUUUGUUCUAAAUGAAUGAAAAAUCUGCUUUAAUCAAAUAUAUUGAAAUAUUUCAUACAUUUCUUGUAACAAGUAAUAGCUAGUUUUAUCUAAUGCCUAUUGUAUGCCAUAUAGUAUGCUUAGAUAUUCUGUGUAUAUUAGUGUUAAUCUUCACAAAUUGAUUGUUCUUCCUGUAUUAUAGAUGAGAAAACUGAGGCUCAGAAAAUUAAAGUAACUUUUCCACUGUCACUAAGCUAGCAAGUAACAGAGCUAGGACUUAUGCUCAAAGCCUGUGUGUUCAUCAUGCCAUAUCAGCCUUGAGGUUAGUCAUUUAACAUUAUUUCAAUUUUUACUUAUUAACAUGAGUGAUCUGAUACAUCAGCCAGUAAUAGAUUAACCAGCCCAGUUGUCAGAGUGGCUUUCAAAUCGUGGUCUUACACUCUUCUUGUCUGGGAGCUUGUUAAAAUGCAGAUUUCCAAACCCCAAUCCCAGAAAUUCUGAUUCUAGCAUGGGGCCCAUUAAUAUGCAUUAUUGCCAUAUUCUCUUGGUCACUGGUUCUCAAAGUGUUGGCCCUAGGUAGCAGUAUUUGCAUCAUCUGGGAACUUGGAAAUUCAGCCCCUCUGGGCCCACCCCAGACCUAAAUCAGAAACUCCAGAGGUGGAGGCUAGCAGCUGUGUAAAGCCCUCCAAAUGAGUUUUAUUCAUGCUAGUUUGGGAACCAAGACCUCGAUAAUUCUGAUGCAAAUAAUGAUUGGAAUGCGCUGCAGAUUUAUUGCCCCAGAAGUAGGGUAUCUUUCAAAGAUUUAGAUAAAGCAUGUUUUAAAUUGGUGUGGUCCCAGAUCACACCAUAUAAAACGUAAGAGACUUUAAAGAUAAUUUAAAGGGUCCUUGGAUCAUUCAUUUUGACAAAAUUCUUUAGCUUCUUCAGACCGACCAAUAUCAGGGCCCACAAGAAAAUAUGUAAUUUUCCAAGUUUAGUAAUUUCACAAUGGGGGCAGGAAGAGUUUAAUAAGUACUAGUAAAUACAUACUAGUUCAUUAAAUAAGCAUAUCUAAGUGAGUGUCCUCACUUGUUAGUAAAAAUUUUUUUCCAAUUGUUAGUAAAAGCUUUUAAAUGGAAGUGGCAAAAUGCUAUUUUAUAAUAUGCAGAAUGUUUUUUCUGCUAAUUCAUACUAUCAAAAUUUCAUCACUUUUAAGAAUCCAUUUGACUGUCCUAUAUGACCUAAUACAGCAAAAAUUCUCCCAAGUAUUUGACAGAGCACAUAAAACCAGAUUUCUUAGUGAUGACUUACUAUCUUUUAAAUUAAGAUCAUUUGGAUACAUGGUUGUAGUGUGGUCUCAGAACAUAAGGCUUUUGCUAUCUUUAUGUUUUCCAACAACAGUAUACUUAUAUUCUCAAGUGGGAAGUUCAUAGAUGAUACAAAGCAGAUUUGUUUUCAAAUAUUUUAAAUUUCAGAAAGAGGAAUUUUUGUUACUGUAAGAAAAUUCAAAAUAAAUGGCCAGUUUUUAGUAUUUUUUGAAAUACAGUAAUUGCAUUUGAGCAUUAAAUUUGUUAACUGGUUAUUUUCA